CAAACAGGGCAAAGCCAGACUACAAUGUCUGUUUGACCAGCAGGACACUGUAGUAGAGGGGUCAGGGAUGAAAGGAGUAGCACAUUAACACAGAGCACGCUAGAUAAUUAACUAUACACUGAAGGGAGUGGCACAAGUAGAACGUGACGGAUGAACGAGAGUAUACUUGUGCUUUAGUCUCACCGUCUCCAGGAUUGGUAUCAGCCUGUGUGAGCUUCAUGGCGUAUGCUGCUUACUGGAAAAGCAUUUCUCAGCCGAAACAGCCCACUUCAACCCCAUCAGUGCCAGCUUCCACUGUGAAACCUGCACAGUAUGAGAAAGGGGCUGCUGCUGCAGCAGCAUCCACUGCAGGUGUGGCUGCGAAACCUGCAACCACCACAGCCUCAGCACCCACUACUUGUACUCCCAGUACCCGUUCUACAUCCACUCCAUCUACUGCAGCUGCAAGCUCAGUGACUACUAUAGGGGCCACUACAGGAGCUAAAGUUAGUGGAGGAGGAACCACCACUCCUGGAUCUUCUACAGGAUCUUCUAAAGUCACGACAAAGGCCCCACCCGUGUCUCCCACCAAAGCUCCACCUGUGAGUGCUGGAACAACGGGUGCAGUAGGUGGAGCAGGACAACUUCCUAAAGAACUAGUUAAGCCCACAGAUACUUCUAAAGUCCAGGUGAAAUCGGAGGUUUCUGUGGCAGCCAGCACUCCGGCGCCUGCUGUAGAUCCAUUUGAUGCCUUGGCUGGCAGUUUGCCAUCGGCAAAGCCUUCUGAAAGUCCUAAGUUUACUGGGCCUGAAGUCACAGAGCCUAGCGUAACUUCAGGAGUGGCUUAUCGAUGUGGAGAGCGAGAUGACACACUGCCACCUGGAUACAGACUGAAAGACCUGGAAAAGGUGCCUGCUGGACAACCUGAGAAACCCAAGAAAGUUUCUAAGCCCCCAACACUGGAUGAGGCUCUGGACUCUCUCUCCUCUGGAUUUGUAUCAUCUCCACCUCCUGGCACAUCCACACCAGAAGUGAAACAUGAAACUAUGGCUGCUGUCAAUACCAGCAAAAACUUCGCCCCUGCUCCACCUGCUCAGAAAAAAGAUGUUUCUGUGCCUGCAAGUCUGUCUCCUGCUCCUCCUGCUGACAAGAAACCAAAGAUUGAGAUAGUAAAGCCCUCUCAAGAAUCAGCAACUGCAGCCGCUCAGAAUCUCAAACCAAAGACUGAGGGAAAAAAGGUUUCUCCUGAUAAGCCAAAGCAAGACCCAAAGGCAGACCCCAUGUCUCUGGAUGCUCUUGAAGCUCUAGUCGAUACGUUACCUGAAGCAAAACCCGUUCCCAAGUGCCCAGAACUCAAACCUGAGGAAAUUGUCGAUGAGAAGAAGCUGAAGUCAGAGAAAGGUGUGCGUGUGGGAGAGAGAGAUGACACACUGCCACCUGAGUACAGGUUCAAGGAGGAUAAGGACAAGGGCAAGAAGCUGCCUUCUCCACCAAAAGAGACUUCCAUGGACACGAGUGAGGCUCUGGAUCUUCUGUCUGGAGAUUUCACUGACUCCACUGUAGCACCUGCUGUUCAUGCCCCUGUUCCUCCUAAUGCCCAAGCCAAGCAGCCCCAAGUGGAGGAUCUUUCAGCUCUUGAUGCUCUGACAGGCGAUUUUGUGGCUCCAGCCCAUGCCAAAAAGGUCUGUUCUGGAGCGCCUCCUGUCCAACCACCAGUCACUAAAAUCACUCCACCCACUCCUGAACAGGCGUACGACACGGAUCUGACUGCUCUUGAUGCUCUAGGAGACACACUCCCUGAAGCAAAACCGGUCCCUGAGUCCCCAAAACUCAGACCUGAGGAAAUUGUUGAUGAGUCUAAGCUAGAAUCAAAGAAAGGUGUACGUGUGGGUGAGAGAGAUGACACACUCCCUCCAGAUUACAGAUUCCCCAAGGACGACCCCAAAACACAGCCUCCACCCCCAAAGAAAGAGCCUUCACUGGACACAACUGAGGCUCUGGAUAUCCUUUCCGGAGAUUUCACCAGCUCGUCAGCGGCACCCGUAGUCCAGGCCCCUGUUCUUCCCUCUGCUCCCCCAGCAGAUAGCUCAGAAGACUUUGCACUUGAGGAACUUGCUGGUGAUUUUGUCGCCUCCAAAAGUGCAUCUAAAGUCUCUUCUGCUGCUUCAGCUCCCGCUACUACUGGCAGUCAGGCAGGCUCCAUGUCUCUGGAUGCUCUUGAUGCUCUAGGAGGCCUGCUUCCCGAAGCAAAACUAGUUCCCGAGUCCCCAAAACUCAGACCUGAGGAAAUUGUUGAUGAGGCUAAGCUACAAGCAGAGAAAGGUGUGCGUGUGGGUGAGAGAGAUGACACGCUCCCUCCAGAUUACAGAUUCCCUAAGGACGACCCUAAAACGCAGCCUCCACCCCCGAAGAAGGAGCCAUCCAUGGACCCUACUGAAGCUUUGGAUAUCCUUUCCGGAGAUUUCACCAGCUCAGCGGCAGCACCGGUAGUCCAAACCCCUGUUCCUCCAUCAGCUCCUCCAGCAGACAGCUCAGGAGACUUUGCUCUCGAGCAGCUUGCGGGGGAUUUUGUGGCUCCCUCGAGUGCAUCUCAAGUCUGUUCUGCUGUGUCAGCUCCCAUUCCACCAGAAGGACAGCUGUCAGAAGAUACCACAUCAGCCAUGGACGUGCUCUCGGACACUCUCGGCGACAUUCGUCCAGCGCCUGUGCCGGAACCAGUGCUUCCUAAAGAUAUCGUUAAGGAGAAGGAGGUGGUGGAGGAGAGGAUCAGUAAGCCUGGUGAGAGAGAUGACUCGCUUCCUCCGGAGUAUCGACCCACAGAGGCAGAUAUCAAGGCGGCGGCAGAAGACAAAGCCAAAGCAGCAGCGGCUGCAGCCAAGCAGCCCUCAUUUGAUGAAUCCAAAGCCCUUGAUAUUCUGUCCGGUGACUUUAGUUCUGACGUACCUGUGACUCUGCCCGCACCUCAGUGUCAGGCUCCUCCUACAAAGGCAUCCUCCAGCGACAAGGAGUUGGGUCCAGUACUGGACAAACUGGCAGCGAAGGUGAUCCCAGAAGAUUUUCCCAGCACAAAACAAAGUGACCGCAAACCAAAGGGUAAGGGUGGAAAGUCAAAAUCUGCAUCAAAGAAGCCUGCAGUAGCUGAUGUCCCAGCCGUGGAACCCCUUCCCACCAAGCCGAGCACAGACGUAGCAUCCUCAUCUCCCACAAAGAAAGGCGGGAAGAGCUAGAUCUCCCAUCCUCGUUGCUGCCAAAACAAAGUGAUAAACAGCCGCCAAUCCAAGAAGCUGCUUGAACGAAGACAUGCACGAAUACAUGUAUUGUAAUGGUAGAAAGGUGUACAGAACUUUAAUUGCAAAACCACAUCUAAUACAGACGCUUUUAAAACACCAGCAUACAUUGUUUCAUGUGUUUAAAAAAAAAUAAAAAAUAAAAAUCGAUGCCUUUGCCGCCAUAACAACAACGACGCAAACAUGACCCCCAGAUCAGCAUUAAUGAAAAGAAAGGCAAUUAUUUUCUGUUUGGAACAAUGGAAGGACGCUGAUGUGCCUUAUUUACUGUUAGAGUUCGACAUCUGUUUAAGAAAUUGAUUAGGAAUAGUGUAAUGCAUGGGUUUUUUUUGGGGGGGAUGAUGAUGAUGAUAAUAUCUCUAGUAAUAAGUGUUAUAUUGCCACUCACUUAGACACUAGUGUACAGUACUUCCUUUGGCUUACUUCGUCUAGUUUACAGUAUAGACUUGUGUUAACGGAGUGUAGAGUACGGAUGAUGGAUGUUGUAUUUCUAUGAAUAUAUUAUUUUGAAUGAGAUUUGUGCAAGGGCUUUCCUGUGUAUGUGUCUUUAGCAGGGCUGGCUUAUUUUGUUUUUGGUUUGUUUGUUUUGUAUUUUUAUUUUUAUCUUUUUUUCCAAACUGAACUGUUCGGCUCGAACCAGCCCAUAUGAAAGCACGAGAUUACUGGCAAGCCUUACAAAACAAAUGAACUUACUUUAAGCACCGGUGAAACUGGUCUGUGGUUAGAACGUGUGAUUUCAUCUGUAACACCACCUGAACUUGCCCUGUAGAUACACUAUUGACGUGUUGAUCACAGCUUGAGUAGGAUGUGGCAGACCAAGUAUGAAUCUUUUUGUUUCGUUUUCAUCUGAACUAACGCCGCUUGGUUAAACAGUCGCACUAUUGUGUGUGCGCUAUAUUCACAUGUCCAUUAAGCCACCACCACCUUAUUUUACAAACCUGGCACGAGUCUUCCAUAAACCUGCAAUAUCAUUUUAGUCCUUUUAGUUUUGGUUCACUUUGUCUUCCUGUCGUGGUGGUAUCACUCCCAAUACUGUGCCUUUCUUUCUGCUGAAGUGCAAUCUCAUUUUAACCCAGGGACAGAGAUAUGGAGUAGGGAUUUUUUUUUUUUCUGGUUAAAUAAAAGAGAUUUAAAAUUUUCA